UUUGUGACCGAGAGUCGACGCCCCACCAGCGCAACUUGAAGCCGUUGAGACGCGACCCAUCAGAGGGUGUGCGGCCUAUUGUAAAUCGCCGGUUUUUGUUACAAUUGCGCACGUUGUUGUUUGCUUAUUUGUUCCUUUUUUUGGUUUCGGUUGGCCCUUGCGAGAAUUGCAGCCCCAGCCAUGUCUGGCGACGGCUCUUACGCCCCCAAGAGUCCGGACCUGUCGUCCUUUUACUCGGCGGGCCCCACACCGCCGGCGGAACCUGCAGAAGUACCCCGGCAGCAAGAGUUAUUAUCACAGUCAUCCCACUCGAACUUUUCGCAUCUGCAGCAGUCUGCUUCCAGCACAUAUUCACCAGCCGGCGCAUAUUACCAGCAGCAAGCGCAUGCGCCUCAGCAGGAAGACCGGCAGCACUACGGAUACAAGUACCAGCUGGCGACACCGCCACAGACCCUCUCACAAGCACGGUCCACAAACAGCUAUCCCCAUUCCAGCCAAGCACCACCACCGGCAGGAUUUGGUGUCGGUGAAGGAUAUUCGCCGACCGCUCAGCACAAGGACUGUCUCCCUCGCGCACAAAGUCAUCCGGGACCCGGACACGCGCAACCGGGCACCAGAUACGCCGACACACAGGCUCCGCCGCACCCACCGCAGUCGGCAGCCUACCAGCCUCCUUACCGUGGCAGCUUUCAAUAUCAGUACCAGCAGACGCAGACAGCGCAUCCUCAGAUUCCAGCGCCGACUUUCCACCCCCUGACCGCAGCACAAGCUCAAGUGCGCGAGUCCUACGAAUACCCCAUACCCUCAGCUCCGCCCCCGUCACAACAACCCGAAAGCACAAUGCCGCCAAGACGAGCCGCCGCCGCGGCGGCAGCGGCGGCAUUGGCCUCGCAGGCAGCGGGAUCUGAAGCCAGCACCGACGCCUCGGCCGGGCUCUCCUCCUCCUCCUCCACCAUCACCGCCGCCGCCGCCGCCGGCGCGACAACGACGAUCGAGCCCGGGCCGGUGAAGACCAAGUUCCCGACGGCGCGCAUCAAGCGCAUCAUGCAGGCGGACGAGGAGGUGGGCAAGGUGGCGCAGCAGACGCCGAUCGCGGUGGGCAAGGCGCUGGAGCUGUUCAUGGUGGCGCUGGUGACGCGCAGCGCCGAGCUCGCGCGGCAGCGCAACUCGAAGCGCGUGUCGGCGCAGAUGCUGCGCCAGGUCGUCGAGGCGGACGAGCAGUGGGAUUUCCUGACCGACAUCGUCGCCAAGGUCGAGAACGAGGAGAAGAGCGGGAAGGGCGGCGGCGGUGGCAGCAGCAGCAACAAGGUCAAGGCGGAGAGCGACAGUGAUGAGGACGGCGCCGGGGAUGGCGUCUCUGGUGGUGCCUCUGGGGGGAAGAGGAAGAGGGGUGCCGGUGGUGGGAGAAAGAAGAAAGUCUAGCACGCCCAAGCGACGGCGGGG